AUGAAUGAUACAAAGACUAAAUUAGCCCAUAAUGGAUCUAGAAACGUUCACUUACUUGAAACACUUGUAAGAAAAAUCUCUACCAAAAAGAAAAUAGUUGAUGUUAUUUCUGUAGAAGAGCGACUUAUAUUAACAAUCAGGUACUUAGCCUCUGGAGAUGAAAUCAUUUCUCUUGCCAUUCAACACAGGAUAGGAGAAUCAACUGCUCGUCAAAUAGUAUAUAAUACUUGUUCUGCUAUAUACAAUACUCUUUCCCCAAUAUAUUUACGCCCACCCGUUCAACAAGUUUGGAGAAAUAUAAGUAAGGGUUUUGAGCGGGAUUGGAAUUUGCCAAACUGUAUUGGUGCUGUGGAUGGUAAGCACAUCCUCAUUAGAGCUCCUCCACAUUCUGGCUCAUUAUUUUUCAACUACAAGAAAACAUAUAGUAUUGCAUUGUUGGCUGCUUGCAAUCAUAG